GUCAUAUAAAAUAAAAUAAUAAGAGACCUUAUCGUUAGUAUCGCCUUCAUAACUUGAUUUAGUCUACGCAAAAGUUUCUACAAAUACAAAUGCCACUGUCUUGCUGGAAAAGUCUUCUUCGCAACAUACACCAUCUUAUAGGCGGCCUUUGAGUAACUAUGUAAGAGAAGAAAGAAUGCGAAUCCAGUUUCAGGAAGUGGAUGGUGUUAAAAUAGUACGAGAGAUCGCUCUAUCGUUGGACAGCAUGAAGGAUGUGGACAAGGUGUGCGCAAUUACAGCAGCAAAAGUGCCGAUCGUAAAGUUUACAUGGAGGGAACUAACAGUGCAAGGAGACAUAAGCUACUACAAUGUGUUGGCUUUGUAUAAUACAGAAAUGCUUAAGAAGUACUGCCAAUGGGACAAUCGCGUCGCACCCUUAGGGGUUUGGGUGAAGCGGUGGGCAAAAUCUUGCGAUAUUUGUGACGCCUCCCGUGGUUCACUGUCGUCAUAUGCCUUCACUAUUCUAGUUAUUCAUUAUCUUCAAAACUGUGUGCCACCAGUUGUGCCACGUUUGCAAGAGGAUUUCCGAGAUAACCAAACGGUGCCGGUUCUAGUGGAAAAUAGUGAUGUUUAUUUUCACCGUGAUGUGAUCGAUAGAUGGUCAGAGAAUCGAAUGUCUGUCGGCAAGCUGUUCACUGGCUUCCUUGAUUACUAUGCCCGCUUCGACUUUGAAACGAAGGUCGUACAAAUCCGUCGCAAGAAACCAUUGUUGAAAUGUGAAAAGAUGUGGCAUCGAUCUAUAUGCAUUGAAGAUCCAUUCGAUCUUUUACACAAUCUAGGAUCAGGUGUUUCAAAGAAAAGUGAGCUCUUCGCCUUUUUUUCCCCUUUUUCUUCUGUCUUUUGCAGUUUAUCAUUUAGUGUACGUAGUUUGCUACUAAAGACGUGCCAGUUGGGCCCAGCACCUAGCACUCGGCAAUGUCGAAAAUGCCUUUGUAUAGGCCAUUUUGCGGAGAACUGCCAGAAAAACCUCUGA